AUAAACCUCAGAAGAAUCACAUUUCACCCGAAAAAAAGAAAAACCUCAGAGUGAACGAACAAUGGCAGCAAUGAAGCUCCUACUCUCUCAAGCUCGCCGCCAGUCUCUCACCAAACCCUUCUCCUCUCCAUUCCCACAAAUCAAUAGACUCUUCUCAUCAGAUCCGAAUCCAAACCCUCCUCCGCCGCCGAAUGAAUCCCCCAAAAAGCUCGAGCCGGUGUCCUACGCCGCCAAACCCUCCUCGGAGCCCUCUUCUCCGGAGGAAGAUCGUUCGACCUGGACGCGAGAAGAGAUCCGAUACACGAAAGACACUCCUUCGCUCGCCCCAGUCUCUUACGCGCAGCGCGUGGCUCCUCUUCCGGAGGAUCGCGUCGUGAGCGAGGAAGACAGAGAGAGGACGCCGGAGGAGGUGGAGACGGAGAGGAAGAGAAUCGAAUCGGAGAAUCGAGCUAGGAGAAGGUUCUUGAGAGCUACCGCUGUGGAAGAGGAUACGUCUUCGCUUCCUCUGCCCACGCUGCUUAAACCAGAGCUGAAGCAUGGAAAGAAACCUAUUUUCGAUCUCAUGGAGGCCAUUAGAGAGAUAAAGGGCAAUGCCAAGGCCAAGUUUGAUGAAACUCUUGAAGCUCAUGUGAGGUUGGGCAUCGAAAAAGGCCGAUCUGAGUUGAUUGUUCGUGGUACUUUGGCUCUACCACAUUCUGUUAAAAAGGACGUGAGGGUGGCUUUCUUUGCCGAGGGUUCGGAUGCAGAGGAUGCAAAGGCUGCAGGAGCUGAUAUUGUCGGUGGUCUUGAGCUUAUUGAGGAAAUCUUGAAAAGUGGCAAGAUCGACUUUGAUAGAUGUCUCGCAACUCCCAAAAUGAUGCCCCGUGUUUACAAGAUAUCAAGGAUUCUUAACAACCAUGGUCUGAUGCCUAACCCCAAACAAGGGAGUGUGACCAAGGAUGUAAUGAAAGCAGUGAAAGACGCAAAAGCAGGACAUACCAAGUUCAGAAUGGAUAAAACUUCCAUUCUUCAUGUACCACUUGGAAAGAUGAGCUUUCCUGAGGAUGCUUUGAAGGAGAACGUUGGUGCAUUCAUGAACGCCCUGUUGCUGGCUAAGCCUGCCGGAUUGAAAAAGACUUCAAAAUAUGCUGGUUAUGUGAAUGCAUUCCAUUUAUGUAGCACUAUGGGAAAGGGUUAUCCGGUAUCGAUACAGUCGUUAUCUAGAGCAGCAGAUCACUAUACCAAAUUGCAGCUCAAGUGAGCAGGAGACUUCAAAAGAUAAAAGCUUGUUGUUGCAGGCGUUUUUAUUUUUUAUUUUCCCGGGGGGGAAAGUUUUAUUACUUGUUUCCCAAUGCUGAAUCUUUGGAACAGUAUUAUGAUUUUGUUGUUUACCAGUGGUUAGUAUUUUCAUAGCUCGAUGGAUUGGAUUUGCUUUGAUACAAUAAAGUCAAAUUCAUGUCAUAAGAAUGAUAUGACAAUGUUUAAAUUGCUACUCA